GAAAAACAGAGAAAAGCAGCUUUUGACUUUUUAGAAUCUCCUAGAAUGACGUGGAGACAUUUGUUAUUUAGUCGUCGCCUGUAACAUCUCAGGUGUUAGAGGCUCAAAACCAGUGUUUCCUUUAUGUUUUUCAAUUAGAAAUUAAAAACGACUCACACACAGUUCAGCACGAACAGCUUCAUGACUCUUUCCUCCACAUAUUUACCGGGAAACCUCCCCAAUUAGUCGUGUAUUAGAGAUAUUAGCCCGCAGAGUGGAUGCUGGAUGCUGAAGGCCUCAUUUCAUGCAGACUUUCAACUUUAUUGGAGAUGUGAUUGCUUCUGAUUGGCAGGAGCGCGGAAUGGAACCGGCUCCUGAGACAGAUGAGCCGUCUAAUAGGCCUGUCCAAUGUAUCAUCGAUGGAUUGACUGCCAACUCCGAGGAGACAUUUCAGAGGGAUUCCAGCAGAUGGAUUUCAGAGAGAGGAAAAAAAAGAAAAGAAAAAGCCGCCUGUUCCUCUGCGUGACUGGAUGUUAGCCAGGAGAAAGACGCCCUCUUCUUGCGCAGCCGGGAUGUGCAGACAGGAGGCUGCGCGCCUCACAUGGUCACCACCCCCCCUCUUCUCCUUCGCUCCUCUCAGCCAAUCUGCGCGCGGUGACGCAGCGCAAAGGCAGGAUCUAAGCUCGCCGUCAUCAUCUUAUUUAACACACCCACCCCGAUUCCCACAUGCUACAAGGGACUCAUUCUCCUGAUCCAGCUGUAGUCCCGCCGCUGCCAUACCUGCGCGGAUCUCUGCCUUUUCGUCGCGCGCCUUUUGGAUCGGAGAACUUCCGGGGAGUUCCCCCCCUCCUUCCUAAUAGUGAAAUGUAACGAGCUCUUCGUUACAGAUUUAUCUCCCCCCUUUCCCCUUUUCUUGUCCCGAUUGAAGCGUCCCCCCCCCCUCUCUCUUUGGAGAACGCUACUGAGCCGCCGCGCGCUGUCAGAUCGGCUGGAAACGCGCGCGCGCGCUGAGGAUCUCCACUUUUUUCACGCUCCAGCGGCGUGUAGAGAAUGAGGCUCGAGAACCCGCCCGACCUGUUCUACCUGGAGCCGCGCGGAUGUUUUGCUGAGACGCGCAGGACGCACGGCUGAACGCUGACUCCUUUACGCAAGACGGCCGGCGAAGAUGUCUCCUACUUGCUCAACGUGUACCUCGUCAGGUUGGCGUCCAGUCUGAUCCACAUCCUCAGCGAUGUAGUCAGCCUGUUCCUCUGCGUGCUGAUCGUUUGCAGUAAGUGCUCCAACCGGCUCAAGCGCGAGACCAUGAAGAUGAUCCUCCUGCGCAAAUUCCGCGUCCUGAUCCUCAUGGUGUUCCUGGUGGCCUGCUCCAUGCACAUCAUGAUAGACCUGCUGCCCAAGCUGGAGCGCCAGGGCAGCGGCGGCUGCUCCUGCGCGCGCGCGCCCAGCGAGGAGCCCCAGAGCUGGGGGAAGCAGGGCUGGCCUAACAAGCACACGCUGCGGAUCCUGCAGGACUUCAGCAACGAGCCCAGCUCCAACGUGUCCUCCCACUCCCUGGAGAGGGUCCCGCUGGCCGUGGACAAGGCGCUGGAGAGGCAGGAGCGUCCGCGCGCCGACCGGAAGGGCCAGUUCAAGCAGAAGGCUGCGGUGGCCAAAAACGCGCCGGUCAAGGGGUCAAGGUUGCUGGCUCUGUUCGAGCAUCCCUUAUACAAGAGAUCCCCGCCGCCUCUGACGGAGGAGGACACGCUCUUUAAUGUCAACCAGGACAUCAGGUUUGACCCCAAAGCGGCGGAGGAUCACUCCUGGGCUGGAGAGAGCAACCUGGACGAGUUCAGCCCGGCAGGAGAGUUGACAGCAGAGUCCUACCCUAACUGGCUCCGCUUCCACAUUGGGAUUAAUCGAUACGAGCUCUACUCCAGACACAACCCGGUCAUUGAUGCACUCCUGAAGGACCUGGUGACUCAGAGGAUCACCAGCGUGGCGAUGAAGUCUGGAGGCACUCAGCUGAAGCUCAUCAUGACCUUCCAAAACUAUGGCCAGGCUCUGUUCAAACCCAUGAAGCAGACCCGCGAGCAGGAAACGCCGCCAGACUUCUUCUACUUCUCUGACUUUGAGAGACACAACGCCGAGAUUGCAGCUUUUCAUCUGGACAAGAUCCUGGACUUCCGGCGUGUUCCUCCUGUUGCCGGCAGGCUGGUCAACAUGACCAAAGAGAUCCGGGAUGUGACGCGAGACAAAAAGCUGUGGAGGACCUUCUUCAUCUCCCCAGCCAACAACGUGUGUUUCUACGGAGAGUGCUCGUACUACUGCUCCACCGAGCACGCUCUGUGUGGCAAACCCGACCAGAUAGAGGGCUCCCUGGCCGCCUUCCUCCCAGACCUGGCGCUGGCGAAGAGGAAGACCUGGAGGAACCCGUGGAGACGCUCUUAUCACAAACGCAAGAAGGCAGAGUGGGAGGUGGACCCGGACUACUGUGAGGAGGUGAAGCAAACCCCCCCAUACGACAGUGGAACGCGGCUGCUGGACAUCAUGGACAUGACCAUCUUUGACUUCCUGAUGGGAAACAUGGACCGGCACCAUUACGAGACCUUUGAAAAGUUUGGAAACGAGACUUUCAUCAUCCAUCUGGAUAACGGCAGAGGGUUUGGGAAGCAUUCCCACGAUGAGAUGUCCAUUCUGGUGCCGCUGACACAGUGCUGCAGGGUGAGGAAGUCAACCCACUUACGGCUGCAGCUGCUGGCCAAGGAGGAAUACAAACUGUCCACGCUCAUGGCCGAAUCCCUGACGAGGGACCGCCUCACUCCCAUCCUCAUCCAGCCGCACCUGGACGCCAUGGACCGGCGGCUGCGCCUGGUGUUGAACGCUCUCUCUGACUGCAUCGGAAAAGAGGGCUACAUCUACGUGGUGGAGGACGACCUCCUGGGAGACCAAGACCAUAUGGGACCGAGGCGGAGGUAGCUGCCUGCGGCGCCGGCGGCCAGAUUGGACGGACUCUCUCCUGAGCCGAUCCGGUCCGCUCUGGAACUUUUACCGCGGAGCUCUGCAUCCGCGGAGGACCUGCUGGACUUUGACGAAGCUGCAGGAAGCUCCUGACCACAGCGUCACCCGGACUCCUUAAGACGUAGAGUAGGACCGCCUCACCGCCCCGUCAGUCCACCGCAGCAACCAAACCAGAGGACGGCUUCCCGUCUGCUUUAGGACCUCUGUUUUUGAAUUCAGUGAAUUCUGAGGGCCUCAAACAGCGUCUCUUCCGCAGCUAAACUUUGAGUUUCUAAUUCUCUUCACCACCAAUGCAAGUUUUUUUACGAGUCGAUCAGGACGGAGGAGCGGGACGAGGAGCGCGUUUUCUGCUUUUUAGAACUUUGUUCCUGGAUUGAAUCGGAGUGCAGGCUUACUCCUGUCGUCCUUUUAUCCCCAAAGCUGUUACAUGUCUUUGAGAGUAUUUAUUACAAAAGUCAUAUUUAUUGUUUGAAAUUAAGUGCUAAAUUUGACCAAAACUGCUGCAGCAAAGCGAAUCAUCGCAGAGGCGCACUACCUUGUUUUGCCCAGCAGAGGGCAGACUUGCAUGUGUACAACCAUCCACGUGGCGCUCCACCUCUGUUUACAGCUUUCAUCUCUUUUUUUAUGCUUUAAAAAGGCCAAACAUGACACUUUUGAUUAUUUGUAAUAUAUAUUUGAUGUCCAAAUGUUGCUGUUGUGGAGGGUUUCUUCUCCAGGAUGUACAUUUCCUUCAUCGCCAACUGCUGAUACCUUAACUGUUGGUGUCAAUGACUCAGUCACUGGCUGAAAGUUAAUAUAUACAGUAGGAAAAUCUAGUGCCUGUGCAAUGAUAGAAAUACUUGAAUGUCUGGUUUCUUAGCCGAAAGGGUACGAGCAAUAGGUGAGAUGCUGAGGUCUUGGUGUGGCUGUGCGGACUCCAUCCGACUCUCAGUUCCCGUUGUCCUGUCGGUGUCAGGGCAGCAUCAGCGUGCGUGGAUGUGUGGGUGGAGCCUCAGAUGGGCGUCCUAAAGUCAAUCUGCUUUUUAUCAUUUUAAUUUUUUUAAUUUGCCCCAUUUGUUUCUGUGGAUUUUUUUUUCUUUCUUUUCUUUGCAUCAUGGUAAAAGUGCAAUAAAUCGAAUAAGCAUUGA